CACCUGCGUUCCAGUGAGUCAUGUGACUUUCUGGUCGCAAAUUUCCAUACCUGUGCGGUGACACACUUAUUACGGGGUCAACAGGAAGUUACACUAAUUCAAAUGGGCAAUGACUGUUCAGAACAAUAAAAACUAUUUCGUAGGUGUAGAAUAAGCAAGCAACAGAACUCCAUACCAAGACAAAGAAGCGAUCGAUAUACCUGGGACUACAGGUGUGAAAUUUGAUUUGCGAAGAUGACGAGCUAAAAAACAAUUAAAAUGGCGACUGUUUACAAUUUGAAGUGGAGCCUGACCGUGGGAAUAAUUCUGUUGUCAGUGUCGGUGACUUUUGGGCAGGAUCCGAUCACACCCCCACCGAAGGGUCCGAAACCCGUGGUGGCAAACGGAAUCGUGUAUAAUUUAGUUUACCUGCAUAUGGUCCCCGAGAUAUGUCGGCGCCCGUACGUGUUAGAAAAAGUGAAUUUUGAGUUUGGGAUUGUCAUCAGAAAAGAGGAGAAAAAGGCGAUAAUGAGAUCUGGGAGUCCGUACAAGAUGCGGGGUAAUAUAGAGCUGGAGCCCAGGAGCUGUUUGUGGAUUGAACCGGGCACUGUGUUCCAUUUCAGCCCGGGUUACGGUUUCAUCGUCAACGGAACGCUCAUCGCCAGGGGUAGCGAAGAGGACGGUGGAAGGAUUGUGAUGACGAGAGACCCAGACUUGGUGGAUGCUCAGGAAUCAUCCUUUCCGGACGACGCUCGGCUGGUAGACGGGAACAGGACGAGAGACGGACAGCUGCAGCUAUUGUACCGUGGGCGGUGGAGAGGAAUCUGUACUAACUUUAUAAACUACACAAAAAUUGAUGCCAAUGUGACAUGUCGUCACCUGGGGUUUGUGUGGGGGAACUUCACGUACCACUCAUUCUCCCAGAACAUGACUGACUACAUGUUGUUCGAGGGGCCGAACUGCAUUGGAACAGAAAACAGUCUAUUUGAAUGUCCUGGCAAAACCAACAUCCGAGUGGGUGCCAAUAUUUGUGAUGGACAACAGGUGAUUGGAUUCCAGUGUGAGGGUCUCCGCCCAGACUUAGCCAGGACUCACUGGAGAGGACUUGAGUUUUACAACGCCACAGUGCUGUUUGUCAAAGACGGCAAUGUCAAUAGAACGGAAACAUACUCCUGGCUCGAGUAUCUCGACGUUUGGUAUGCGGGGCGUGACACAUACCGCGGGGACGGAAUGGUGCAUGGCCGCGCAUCAAUAUCUGCCAGUCCUCAGGUUCCUCUGAUGAAUAAUGUGUCCAUAAUGUACGGGGCUUAUGAUGGGAUGAACUUGACAGAGUUGACGGGGCGUGUUCAUGUUGCUAAUAGUACAGUGUCUUUCAAUAGAGGCUAUGGAGCUUACAUCAAGACAGCAGUGGGCCAGGUGUUGAUAAACAUGACAAACUUGGACAAUAACUGGGGGGAUGGAGUCAAAAUGUACAUGACAAAUUACACUAUCAACUCCUUCCAGAAAGACUAUCCCACCAGCAGCUCGUUCUGCCGAAGUAAUUCUCUGGCCUACCCUAGAUUCCCCAUCACAAUAUAUGAAAAUGUCAUAGACGAAAGAGGAAACAAACCGGAGUUUGACAGUCUUGACUGUCAGAAGAGUUACACAACUUUAUCCAAUAGGAGAUUGUCCCUCCACUUCUUCCUGAUGGAGCGUGACGAGAAUGCCUCGGGAACGAUCACGGUGUACGAUGGCACCUCCUCCAGCAGCCCCAUCCUAGGGGUGUUUCCCGUCUCCAAUGGCUCCUUCCCUCAGUCCGUCACAACCUCCAGAAACAGCAUCAACAUCCGCUUUCAGUACAAGCUUCCACCCAGGCCGACUGCUGGGGAACACUGGUGUAAAAAGUUCAGGGCCUGUCUGAGAUUUCUACUAGAUCUGGUGUCUUAUGAUGGGUUGGAUGAGGAGCUUCGGUUUUUUAAUUCUUCUACUAGUAACAACACAGGAUAUGGAGUUAACGUCCAGGACAUGCGAUGCAAAGUAUCCGUUAAUUCGUCAAUAAUAUCAGACAAUAAAUUUGGGGCAGGUCUGCGCAUUUACCAGGGUGCAGGGGAAAUCUCCAUCAACAAUUCAAGGGUGGAAGGAAAUGAAAGGAGUGGUGUAAAUAUCACAUAUGCCGGGGGUUACCAGCUUUUAAACAACUCGUAUUUCUGUGAGAAUCAUGGAUAUGGUGUAAUUACAGAGUAUGAUCGACUUAAUAACACACGAAGGCAGCAUUCUCAGAAAAUGGAGGUGGUGAAGGCAAAGUUCUUCUUCAACGAAUGGAUUGCCUUCAGAGUAGGGAAUUACUGUAUGGAGGCUAGCAUUCUAGUGAACGAGAGCCAUUUCAAGUACAAUUAUGAUGAAGCUAUUGAAUAUCUGUCGUGUAACUUUACAAGGAAUCCCCAGAAAAAUGUGAAUUUUAGUUUAGCAUACAAUGAAUUUGAUGGCAACAGAAGGCAUGGAAUUCUAAUGUCACCACUGGUGAACACAAUCGGGAUAAUGACAAAUAACACAUUCAUGAACCAUAGUUUAGGUGCAGUGCGCAUCGACAAUGGAUACGACCUACUUGUCAGCAAAUGGUAUGCGAAAUUUGCUGUAAAUUAUCGCAUAUUUGAAAAUACAUUUAAGGAAAAUUAUGGUAGAUACUGUGUAAGUCUGCGGUUGACCCAAAAUGCUCCAAAUCAGCACAUGGAAUUCAAAUUUAAUAAAGUGAUUGGAAAUGCUAUAAAUGAUACAUCAGAAUACCUCAAUCCUCGUAGCCAUGCCAAUGCUCCAAUUAUUGUGUCCUCCAGUAAUGUCGUGAUACAGAGGAACCAUAUAGCUAAUCCUGAUUCCGUGCGAGACAUUGCCACACAUCUCAUUGACCCCUCUGUCAUUAUAAAUGGUAGUGUAAACUGGUGGGAGACCACGAAUCAUGGAUUUAUUUACGGCCGAAUCUUUGACAGGGAUGACCGAUAUAAUCUUGCCCAGGUUACGUAUUACCCUGUGCUGAAGGAUGGAUGGCUUUAUGGGGAUAAAACCACCAUUACAGAGACAGAAUACAGAUGGCCUUUUCAAAGGGAAAAUAGAAUUGGAGGGAUUUUGGAUGUGGAGGGAUUUACGACGGACCCCAAUGUCAAGGUAUAUUACGUGGAUAGAGAUAUAUUUAUAGUACCCAAUGCAGUCCUGAAGAUUUUACCAGGAACCUCACUGCUGUUUGAUAACUCAAUCGGCAUGGUGAUACACGGCCGCUUGAUUGCUGAUGGAGGAAGCGCCAACUCACCAAUUCUGUUCACUUUGAAUGAGCCAUUCAAUCAGACAGAUAUUGGCAACAGAACUGACGCUGUUAGGCUUGCUGAUGGGCGGGACGAGUACGAAGGUCGUGUAGAGGUCAACAUCAAUGGUCGCUGGGGAGCUAUCUGUAAAAACGGAUGGAUCAAAGAAAAUGCAAUGGUGGUAUGCCAGCAGCUUGGUCUGACAUAUCACCCAGACUACGGACUGGUCUACCAACAGCUCCGGUCAUCCUCUGUGAUCAUGCUGAGCUCUGUCUCGUGUACCAACCUAGAUACAGACAUUCGUCAGUGUCACGCCAUCAAACGUGGUGACUUUGAUUGUCCAUUUGAUGAUGUGGUGUACAUCAGGUGCCAGAAACCAACUUGGUCAGGCAUUACAAUCCCAGCUAUUCCUACCUAUGGUCAAAUACGCGACACGCAAAUUAAGCAUGCAAUUAUACAGAAGGCUGGACAACUGGACUACCAAGCGAUGACCUUCACCCCAGCCCUACGGAUUGACUACAACUUCUACAAAAUCACAGCCCUGCAGAUCACUGACUCAGUGUCCGACGGUGUUAACAUCAAGUAUGCCAACCCAUUCACAGAGAAUCUUUUUGAGAAGUGUCAUUUCAACAGAAAUUUAGGUCAUGGCUUUCUUUCACGCACUCCUUUCUUGAAAAUCACUGAGACCACCAUGAAUGACAACCAGAAAGGUGGCUUUGUGUAUGAUCCGUUCUUUACGGAAUAUGAGGCACUCAGUGUGAGAAACUUCCUUCAUCAAAGUCGGAUGGUGUAUUUCGGAACAAAAAACCACCAGCUAGGUGAUAACUCCAUGGUGUUUAUAAUCUCCCAACCAGGCAUACGGAGUGAGAACCACACUUACACUAUGCAGCUGUCCGUCACCAGUUCUAAUUAUAGAAUUACACUCCAAAUUCUGGACUACAACCCACUGACCAGUGUGGAGAAGGUGACAAUUUACAACUCGGACAGGAACAGCAUAUCUCCCACCACGGUCAAGUGGCAAAUCGAGGAGGAUUUGGUGGACUUCCCGGUCACCUCACAGGGAGAAAAUUACCUCACGAUUCAGCUUGUGGUUCGUGGAGUCAUAUCGGGGCGACUGGCCUUCGCUGCUCAUGCAAGACAAUAUUCAACUGCUCCCAUUAAGUCCAUCAUAGAAAUCAGUUACGCCACUGUCAACAAUAACUAUCAAGGCAUCGUCACCAAACACUACAACAAUCCGUCCAACGAAAAAUUGGAGAUUUUCCACCGUGUCGCCAUGGAAGAGCUUCGCUUCACCAAGGUAGACAUAAAAGAAAAUCAGAUGGAAGCCAUGUACAUACCAAGUCUGACAAAGUACCACGAGCACCUGAUUCCGACACAAGAGGAAAUGACCCGACCCGAGAGGCUGGGUCAGAUCACCUACACCCUGAAUCAGUGUACAAUACAAAACAACGGGAGGGCCAUUAUCGCAGACCACAACCAUGUGGACUUCUCCAACAACGUGUGGAAGUGGAAUGUGUUGACCACAGCUGUCAAGGACAACAAAUAUGGUGGCCUGGAAAUUGAGUUGCCACGUGUGAACGACAUUCGGGAGAAGAAUAAGUUUCACUCUGUGCAAAUCAAUCAGUCAACCUUUGAGAACAAUAAAGAUUUUGCCUUUACAAUUAAUGGUUACUAUGCUGAUGUGGAAGUGAGUUUUGGCAAAUUUGUAAAUAAUGUUUGUCGCAGGGGACUGAUCCUGAUGGCAGGGAUGGAGAAAGAUUUAGUUAUGUACAACAAUUACAUAGUGAGCAAUUAUGGGAAAUAUGCCAUACAGAUAGACAUACAAAGUCAUGCUGAGUACAACAAUCCAAAGGGGUUCUGUCAUUACAACAACAUAAAGGACAACAAACCCGGCCCAGGCUGGUCCAUGAACACUGAUUACACACCAUCUACAUAUGCGGUGGCAGUUCGUGGCGUCCAGAAUAUAACGCUGAGAAGGAAUGUAAUUGAAAAUGCUGACUAUCAGUACGAGCUCAUAGCAGGAGUCACCUCUCUCUUCCUAGAAAACAAGAUGGAUGUCAGGGAGAAUUGGUGGGGAACUGCAAUCCAGGCUCGCAUCGUGGACAGAAUAUUUGAUUUUGAUGACUGGAAUAACUAUGCCAUUGCUGAUUACUUCCCACAGCUCACGGCAGGCAACGUGAACAGCUUACCAUCAACAGGAUCUCAGAUUGAGAAUGGCUUCAGCUUUCCCUCACUGAAGGGAAGAAUAACCAAAAACACGGCCCUGGCUGGUUCCUCUACUUACUAUGUUAUAGCAGAUGUUACAGUCAUGCCUAAUGCUAAGCUUACUAUUGAGCCGGGAACUAGACUUGAGUUUUAUCCAAAUGUAGGAAUUCUGGUGCUGGGCCAGCUUGUUGCCAGGGGACUGCCUUAUAGCAGGAUAUCUUUUCGCCCUGUAACGCCGGGACCAAAUAUUCCAAUACCACUUCCUGAGAUCAACACCCAGACAUUUUACUCUAACACCAUGAGACUGAAACGAGAUGCAGAGGGAGAAAUACCACCAAAUGAAGGUUUUCUGGAACUGUUUAAUUCCUCAUCGAGUUCAUGGAAUUUGAUGUGUGACAAUCAGUUCAACAGAAAGACAGCAGAGGUGGUAUGUCGAGGGCUUGGAAUGGAGACUCUGAACGUCGAUGUUCGCUUUACUCAUCUGUAUGAUCAUUACAUUUACAAGAAACCUAUGUACUUUGUCAAAGAAUUCUGGACAUACUCGUAUUACUGUGUUGGUGAUGAAAACUCAUUAGACGAAUGUCAGAAAAGAAUCAAUUACAAAAUCCAAGACUGUAUACAAGCUGCUAAUUACACGUUUAUUCGCUGUGGGAAGAGGAACCUGGAUUCUAAAUUUUCUUACUGGGGAAAUAUUCGGAUUGCUUCUCCAACAUAUGAGGAGGAUGCAACUCGAUAUAUUCAGGACAAAGAUCGAUCUAUCCUUGAGAAUAUUGAUAUUUACGGAGCAGGUAUGCUGCAUGGUGAAAGGGUAGGAGCCGUACAGGCAACCUACAGGACGCCAAAGAUCAAUAACUUCAACAUUACGCACUGUCUGUGGAACGGACUUGAUGUAAUUGCUCCAAGGUAUGAAAUGAAUGUCAGAACCAUGAACAUUGAUCACAAUCUCGGAUACGGCAUUAACUUCCUUAUUCUUAAUGGAGAAUCACGUAAUGCCGACCUUUCCUCUUUCCGCCCACUGACAGUGAACACAGUGCCAUAUUUUAUGUCUGGGUUGGUCGACAUCUGUAAAAUGGAGAAGGAAUUAACUGUGAAAAAUCGACUUAUCAUCUACUACAAGUAUUCGGAACUGUUAGUGGACUGUGUCAAGAUUAUUCGCAGUGAAAACCCCCUUCGUAAAGUGUCACUGCGACUUUUGCAGUUUAACCUGUAUUAUGAUGAGUUUUACCGCAAUAUGUUAGAAAUUUAUGACGGUAACACUGUAACAGAGCAGAACAGGAUCGGGGUGCUUGAAGCACACAGUAAGGAAGAGGCCACGGGGACCCGAUAUCUCAGCAAAUCCGACACCAUUGGAGUCCACAUCCAUGCAUCUAAUGCGUAUGAAGAUUACGGAUUUAUUGCUGAGAUAACGACAUCUCCUCUCUCUGACUUGGCUUACCCAGACAGCACAGUGAUUCACCGCUUUGAACAGAUGAUGGUGACGAACAACGAAGAUGGGGCCUUCAUGUACCAGAAUGUGGGUGAGGUGUGUCCCUCUCUGUACAUCGAUAGCUGUAUGAUAGAGAAUAACGGUAUUGGCAUCCUCAAUCUGACCUCCCGACCAGUCAUCGAUAUUGGAAUUCAGAAUACCAAGAUCUUCAACUUCCAACACAAUUUUGUCAACAGAAACAAGGGAGGGCUGUUCUGUCGUGCCUUUACGACGUCCACCCAAAACCUUCUCCGCGGCAACAUCACCAAUAAUGUCUUCACCUUUGGAAGCCAUGGAGAAACUCUCAACAUCAGUGGCCAUCAUUUCCAGAAGAUGCACGUCUAUGAGAAUUACAUUUUUAACAACUCAGCAGGUGAUUACAGAGACACGGUCCAUGUUCAGACUGUAGGGAUGAACUUUACAUUCAAUGUCCUGGUGAACAACACAGGGUACCACAUUGUGAGGACAUUCAGUGAGGUGGACACUAGCGCCACCCAGCAGUACAUUGGGAACUACAUCUACCAAAACAAUGCCACAGCGCUGUUUCGGGCAGUGCUAGCUGUUGGCAGUGGGAAGCCAGAGUUCCAUAAUAAUUACUUAGUCAAUGAGGAGAGUGCAUUUGAACUUUUGACCAAUGAAAAACGAGAAGUAAUCCAAGGAAUCCAUAUAACUGAGACCCCUGUGGAUGCCACUUACAACUGGUGGGGGUCGGAGCGCCCCGGAUACAUCAAUGGAAAGAUCUGGGAUGGCCGGGACAACGACUCUCUUGUGGAUGUUAAUUUUCAGCCGUACAGAGUCAGCAAUGUGUCACUCGUUAAUGGUAAGUGCCCUCCUGGGUGGACUUUGAACUCUGAUCGUUGCUAUAGAUACAUGGGGGCUGCUCUGCCUUAUGCCCAAGCUGGCCAGUUUUGUAGGGAUAACCAAGGAUUUUUGGCGGAGGCAGAUGGGCAGGCCCCCUUUCUCCGCUACCUGCUCCGACUGACAGAGAAUGUUUACAACAAGAACCUGCGGGUGUGGGUGUACUCUGAGGUUGCCACCGGUUACUGCAGUGCAUUCCAGGAUGACUUCAUUGUGGCAGAACAGGACUGUCAGAGGAUUCUGCACCCAUUUAUAUGCGAGAAAGAUCCCUACAUUAGUCCUCCUGGCAGUGAUAUCCUGGCCAUUGCCAUCGGGGUCUCUGCUGGUGUGUUUGGUACAGCUCUUCUUAUCAUCAUCAUUCUAGCCAUUCUCUGGAAGGUCAAGUCCAAGGGAAGAAAAGAGCAAAGAUUUGAAAGGCAAGCAUCCAUUCGCUCCUCUGUUAGGUCAUCUGUAAGGUCGCGGUCCACCAUGACUGUGUUAUCUACGGGAAAGCGCAGACUUGAUGACAAAUAUUCUGUCACUUCCUCUAAAGGACAUUUAAUGGAUGAUGAUGUAUCAUUGUCUAACAUAAGUCUUGAAUCUAGAAGCCAAGGAAGAGGCCCCAAUAGGUCUUUUGAGCGUUUGGAUGCACCUAAUGGUCGCCUUGGUUCCCGAGAUCGUUUGGACCAUAUCAAUUCCUCUAAUGGAAGUCUGGGUAUGAUUUUGUCAAAUGGACACACAGGUUCUCAAAACAGACUUGUUAAUGGAAAAGGGAGUUUUGAUCGACUAAAAGAGGAUUUUCCAAGGAAUUCACCUAAAAACUCGCCGCGUACUCAAAGACCAAUCAGAGCUACACUAGGGAGGAACACACAGAACAAUGACCUAGAUAAACGGCCUGACGUGAAGCCAGUCUUACCUCCACAGCCCCCUAUAAUGAAACCGCCCCCUGUAAUGAAACCACCCCCCAUAAAACCAACAGUUCCUCCAGUCAUCCCCGAAGACACAGAUGGAGGCUACACUGAUGAUGGAUUCUCCGAACAUGAAUUCGACGAUUUUACAACCACAGCUGAUGAAGCAGAAUAUGCCCCUAGCCACAUGCCCUACAAAGCGGAGAAUCAAAUUGACUCGCUUAGAAAGCUACCUAAUAUUUCAGAGAAGCCUGCAUUUGGAAGUGAAUCAAGUGUUGAUAUGGAUCAGAGACCUAACCCUAUGUCAAAUUUUUACAACCAUGACACACCACCUACACCCCCUCCUCCACUACCAGUGGAUUCUUACCCUCUAAAAUACAUCAGAAACUCUCCUGCCCUAUCUGAGGCGUCGUCAAGGAAACCAACACCACAGCCACGAAAUAAGCCUGUGGCACCCCCACGCUCAAACAUCGGCAGCAAAGAAAGUCUGAAUCGCAGUGUGAAUCCUCUGCAUCUCAGUCAGGGAAAUUUGAAUUUAAUUGACAAGAAACCUGAGUGGUUAACAGACCAAGUGAGAGAGACAAGUGCCAGUGAAAGUGACAGUGAUCCAGAGAGUGUGAGCGACUCAUUUUAUGGACACAAAAAUAAAGCAUUUCUGAAUAAUGAGAAUCUCCCUCAGACUGUGAAAGCCCCAGGAUAUACCCCACCACAGGACAAAUCAGAUGGAACAAAUUAUUCCUCUCCAUGGAGAGACAACAAAUAUCCGUAUUCCAAUCAGAGCAAUUCAAAUCUCUCACGCGGUUCACGUGAAAUGGACAACAUGGACUAUCUUCAUAGACCGUAUUCAAACCUGGGAUAUGAAGGCAGCCAUGAAAAUAUUCCCUCCUAUGAUGAGGCCCUAAGUACCCCCAGCCAAGCUUCCUACAGUCCUGACUACACAACAAGUAGUUUACCACCCCCCUACUCACCCACCUCCACACAGCCUUUUUCACCUAUGGCAGAUAAUGUGCGUUACACCCCAGAUAGUGCCAGUAACCUUCACCCAGUGUACCGUAUAGGGAGUGUGAACAGUAUUCCGAUUGCAGGCAGUGAUGGGUUGCCCCGUGACAUAGCCUUCAUGGACUACAGAAUGGGUAGUCAGAGCACGCUCCCGAACCCUGAUGGAAGCUUGCCAGAUCUUUCUACAGGGGAAAGUCAUGCAGACCUUGAAGAGGUGGACAUUGAUGACAUGAAUGACACCUAUCAAAGAGACAUUGAUCCAUUUCCUCAGAGUCCACGGAGAAAUCCCUACCAACAGCCCCCUCCCUCAGAACCCUACUACAGAGAACCAUACAGAACCAGGAGCCGGGAACAACUUGAUCAGCAACCGCCUCCCUCAGAACCCUACCAGAGAGAACCAUACAGAACCAGAAGCCGGGAGCAGCUCAAUCAACAGAGCGGGAACCUUCGUGUCGGGCACAAUCGGAUGCAGCUGAACCAGGGUCACAAUAGCCCGGUGCUAUAUUUAGAUAACCAGAGACAGAACCAACAGCGACCAGAACCAAUAGAGACAGAGAUCUGAGAUUUGUUACAUAUCCAUGUUAAAUACUGUUGACUAGACCAAACUUUACCAGAUAAUGAGAAAUUUCCAUUGAUUCUUCAAAUACUCAGAAAUCCUUCAUCAAUAACAAUGAAUCUACUGACUGCUGUAAUCAGUACCUAUUUCUGUAUGACCUGUGCAAUAUUUGUAUCGACCAUGUGAUUUGAGAAUAUCUUUUAGAGAUUGUUUUCCCAUUACUAAUUAUUCGAAGGCCAUACUUUAUGAUAGUAUUACUCUGUUUAUUUUAUAUUAGUAUUUGUACAUAUACGUUAAGCGUCAUAUAUUAUUAAUAUAUAUUGAACUAUGUACAGUGCAUAUAUUAUUUAUUACCCAAGACUUUGAUAUAUUUACAUUUAGAUUUAUUUGAAAUAGCAAGGAGAAGUGGUUUGUUUUAGUAUAGACAUAAUCAUCUUAAAGGUGACAAGCUUUCAAUAUGCUAUGUUUAUAUUUACACCUGAUGUAACUCACUAGACCGUCAACAUCUCGGGGCACGUGGAAAAUUCCUUUUUGUUCUAUAAAUCAUUUCUUGCUAUCGGUCUUUAUUAACAUCCUCAUGUGACAUGAUUCUUUCUUAACCCACAGUCACUCAUUUUAACAUUAUACUUGAAGGUACCAGUGUGAAUUUUACAUUAAACUCAUUGGAGGGUUACUUGACUGUACUAUGAUGAAGUACCACUGUAAGAUUCCCAGAAUAUAAGGCUGAAUUUUGUUGCAGCCCCAAGGAAGAAUGUGUUCAGAGAUUUGUUCUUCCUUUAGCACAAAAGCAGUAAAGUGUAAUUAAUAUUUUCUAUCUUAUUAUAGAACUUCACAAGUAAUGUUCAGAAUGGUUUUCUUAUAUAUAUUUAGUAUGAAAUUAGAUUUUAAACAUCAAACAUUAUGACUUGUUUUGAACUAUGGAGUACUAAAGAAGAAUAACAUUUAAAAUUCCAGACUAGUUUACUUCAUGAAAUGAUACAGAUGAGCAAUUUUCAAUCAGAAUUUGUUCUGGUAUUUUGGUAUGAUUUCAGUAAUAGAUAAUUAUUGUCAUCAGUUUUUUUCUGUCCAAUAGUUAUGGAGAAAAAUCAAUUUACUUGCAAUAAAAUCCAUACAACUUUCACAUAAAGAUAAGACUGAACAGGUUUGAAAUUAUAAGAUUAAGUUUAACUCACUAUAUAAUCAAUCUCAAUGAAGUACACUGAAUAACUGUAAAAAAAAAAUUAUAUUAUGUGUUGUUAAUCACACUUAAUGUCUAUCACUUCCAAAUGCCUGUUGAAUUUUCACUUCCAAAGGCUGUUGAAUUUUGUUGUAACAUAAUGUGUACAUGCAUGUUACCUUCAGUUGACUAGUGUGUGAUUUUUUAAUGUAUGGAGCCACAUUAAUAAGGUGGAAUCACAAGAUCAACAGACACUUCUACAAAUAUACUGUGCAAAUUCUACAAAUUCUGAAGAUCUUUGUGAUAAUGAGAUAGAAUAUCUCUGACUGAGCAUCUAUUAAUGAAUGUAAAGCGUGAAGUGUCUGGGUUUCUUUCUGCUGAAUGUCGUAACCUUGGUGUUGUACGUUUCUUGUAGUGUCACCUGGUCCUCUCUCCACCUCUCCACACUCAACAAAAGCCACACGUCCCUCGGGGAAGCUACCUACACUAUGAGUAAAAGUAACAUGUCACUCAACAAAGGGGAGACAAUCCAAAGCAAUCUACGUAAGACGGGUCGUUCUAGGUCCUGUCAAGACAUUCUGGAGACAAGUGGACAGGCAAAGUCAUGUUGUAUUAGUUAACACGUCUAAUGAGGUACAAUUUUUGUCUUCAUUUUCGCCUAUAUUGACUUAACUAGUCUAAUUCAGGGAACAAUAUUUCUUUUUUAAUGUCCGAGUGGUGUUUUUUUUUUCUAAACAUUUAUUUUGGCCAUACAAAUUGCUACACUUUAAUUCUGUGUUUGAUGUUGCUGAAUUGUCUCCCUGACAGAGAAAUAAACGUGUGGACUGGAUUGUCUCCCCGAAGAGAAAUAAAUGUGUCUGAACUGCAAUGGUAUGGCUGUCAUUGCAUCUCACAGUUGGUUUUUAAUGACAUGGUUUUGGAGAUUCUUUUGUAUUUGAUGCUCAACAUUCUCAUUUUGGAGUUUGAUUGAAGAAUUUUACCAUAAACUUGUCUCUCAUGUGAUCAAGAAUUAAGAAAGGAAGGAGGGAGCAUAUAAUUAUCAUUUAUGACAGGAAGUGGAUAGGUUUGUUUCAUCUUCAUUAUCAUCACUCUACAUAUCAUCAUCAUUGUCACUUUACAUAUGCCUUGAUUUUUGUACUAAAUAUGCUGUACAACAGUGUCUUUGUCAAUUUCUAAUAUUUCCAUGUAUUUGUAUACAUGAUUGUUAUACAAUACAUGACUUUAACAAUUUUUUUAAAAUGAAAUAUACAAUUUUCCCCUCUACUUGUAUGUUGUGUGAUUCCUUACUUUAGUUUAUACAUAUUAUGAAUAUGUAUAAUUGCUAUGAUUUAUGAUUAUCUGUCUUGUAUAUUUUUUGUACUAGAUUUAUGGUGACCCAUAUAAAAAUCUUAAUAAAAGUGAAUAAAAGAUGAA